AUGAAGCCUUCUGGAAUCGAUCCGACUCUUCGGGAUUUUCUCGGCCUCGCAUUGCUCUGCACUCUGGGAGCCGCCUACGAACUUGUAAUACUCUCUGAAGCUACCGAAAAACAAAACUGUAUUUUCAGUACAUCGAUCCCAAGGACUACCAGUACACUGGGACACUUGUCGAUAAAUCGUCCGUCGCGGAACGUCCUUGGGAGCCGAUUCGCUUCAAGUUUUUCUUGGAUGAAUCCAUGUUCACGUGAGUUCUUCGAAACUUCUGCUUUUUAAUGUGUUACACCGGAAGAGAAACUGGCACUUUUGUGUAAGUUUUAUGCGUGUUGAAGGCUAUUGUUUAUGAGCCUCAAAAGCUUGUGGUCAGGACGCGUGCAAAGGGACCAAGAAAUAAACAGGCGCUUUUCUCACAUGCAUAUUUCGUGAUGUCAAACUCGACUACGAGGCAAAAAAAAGAAGAAGAAAAGAAAACAGUUCCUUUGGAAAAACUCAUUCGCGUGAUGGUCGACUUUACAAAAAUGAAUAAGAAAGAGAAAAUAAACUGUGAGCGACACGUUCUGAAAAUCUGGAGCUAAAUUUAUGUUUUACCUCAUAAUUUAUGUUGUACCUCAUAAUUUAUGUCAUGUACACUAUCACCAACAAAAGUUUCAGAAAAGUUAACACGGCCCAGAGGGAAUAUCUAAAAAGAGUCUUAAAAGAGUCGCUCCAAUUCUAUUCUGACUCGAAUGUGCGCGUUCAACGAGAUCCCAAUGGACUAGCUGCGGACAAAACGUUUUUUAUAUACAUUCGCGAAUCUUUGAAAACAACGGCUAAUUGUAGUCAAUACGGAAGACAGUUUAUUAAAGGACAUUAUGCCGCUGAUUUUAAUGAGACGUUUGAAUAUCCCGAAUCAGCUCAUUUCUUCAAGGUGAGCAGUUUUGUUCUUGGUAAAUCAUUAAAAAAAUUUUUGAGGUGCUGCAGUUUGCAUGAAAAUGUUCAAAAUGCGAUCUGACAAAAAAAAUUGAGGAAUUUUCUCGCCUUCCCUCUCUGGGAAAGUUCCAAAACGCGGGGGCGAAUCUGUAUUCUAGAAUGGCCCCCCGCAGUACAAAACGGGGGCCGAUUCUGAAACGCCUAGGCAAUCUUUCAUAUUCGCCUCCCGCACUGCUUUGAAAUAGUUCCCCCAGAGCUCAUUCGAACAAUCCCCCCUCCCAUUACAGAAUGACCCUCUUCCCUUUCAGAAUGACCCUCCUCCCAUUUUAGGAAUAAUCCCAAGUUACCACCAUGUUUGAUUUUAAGUAUGAAUAUAUAAUCAAUCGAUCCGUCUUGUCGAGAUACGUACAAAAAAGAAACAAUAACUGGGCGCUAGUAAUAAGAAAUAACUUUAAUUUCUUUUCGCUGUGGCUCAGUUUUUCGUAGCAAACCAGAGUCGGCUUCGCGCUAUGCGCGCUCCGCCUCCGUGCGAAGGAUUUACUAAGCCUAAUCAAAGUUUUUGGCAAAGUCGGAUUAUGCCGAUUUCAUAAUCUGAACUUCUCAUGAUACGCGGUCAGCGACAUGAUUUCUGGAAAUCAUAUCAUGAAUAUUUUUAGACUUUCAUAAUGAACACGAAUUUACAUCAGAAAAAACAAAAAAAAAAAAUUUAAAACAAACCAUAACAAAAAAUGAAAAGGACAAAUUUCAAAAAAAAAAUUCAAAAAUGUAGGCUCUGACACAUUUUCUACAGGAUUGAUGCGAGACUUAUAUGUGGUGUGGGGGGCUAUACUGGAUAGUUGCGGGGGCUUGUCCGAACGGGUCGCGGGGGUUAUACUGUAAUAUGCCCAAGGAUUUUCACGCCGAAAUGCAAAACUUGGAAGGAGGGAACCUUAUGCGGCGGCUUCAGAAGUCAGCAGGCGCCUCCCGAAUUGUAAAAUGUUUUUUUUUCGCAAAUUCGCGGCUAACAGAAAUUUAACAUGGUCCAAUUCACUACCAUACUAGCGAUCAAUUUAAAAACAGAUCAUUAGUCAAUUUGCCCACCGUGAGGCGUUCGUUAAGAGAUGUGUAACUUUUCGAAAUAGUUGCAUGCGAGUUUGCUUGAUAUUUGUGAAAAACGUACUGAAAUAAAGGCUUCUCAUUUCUCUGUACUGCAGUGCCCUACACAGAACGCCGCUGGGUGUAUGGAGGACGCAAAUUUCGAAUAUCUCGAUGUUGGUAUUUUUGAAUUUAAGCCGAAUCUCAAACCGCUAUGCAGUGGGGCCCGUUUAAAGUUCGUUCUGCCAGUUACCGCAGUGAAAUCGACAGCAAUGCACUGCGUACUCGUGAAACGAAGCAAAAAACGCAGAUAUAUUUCGAUGAAACCCAACCAUGCCAAAACUCUUUUAAUUACUUUUUUUCUCCAAUCUUGGGAUGCGAUAUUAUUUUGAUGGCUUAUAUCACUUCAAAAAUUAGACUUAUCAAAUCGAAAGAAAAACUAAAAGAGGGACCGAAAGUGUAAAUUACAAACUAUUAGUACUUAAUUUUAGUUAUUUUACCGGAGGUAUGAAUGAAAAAUGCCAGUGAAAUAUCGAAGUGUGAAUUUUCCGAUUUUCUCAUAUCACUAGGGAACUUUCCGACUAUUCCUCUCCCACCAAUUUUUUUCUCGAUAAUCUCGUCUUUUUGAAUUAAAAACAAAAAAAGGUUGUUGAUUUAUUCUUAAAACACAAAGAAAAAGGUGAACAAUGGUAAUAGAUCGAUUAUAAACAAACUUUUUUAUAUGUUUAUGAGACCUAUUAGCAUGUGCUCGCGCUUUCCAAACGAUUUUUAACUGGAAUUUCUAGUCUGAUCAUGUUUGACUUGAACGACCCCUCGUUGAUUUCGGUUGCUUCAAUCUUCCGAAAAAUUGACGAAAUCCAAAACUUUUUCUUGUUAAAAUGAUUGUAGAACAAUUUUAAGCUGAUUAAAUAUCGAAAAGCACUCCUUAGACGCGCUCAAAGUCGUCGACCCAAUGCAUAAAUAUUGAGAAAACGAUGACUUUUGUGUGUAAAAAGUAUGAUUGGGUGACAUUUUUUCUCUUUAUGUGUAUAUGAGGUUAACUUAUUUUUGAUCCUACGGAAAUGUUCAAGGUGGCUACACUGGAUAGCGGUUUGAGACUACUGGGAAGUGAUUUUGUUUGUUUUCAGAAAAAAAAAAAAUUAGUUUUUAUUUCAAGAUUUAGGCUGAUAUGGUUAUUUUGGUAAUUUUCAUUGAUCAUAAACGUUUUGUUAACACGGGCGCAGCCGCGACACCCUAUGGUUUUGACGUAAACACCAAAAGGUAUGCGUUCAUUUGUUCCCAAUAAAAUUGAAAUCUGAUUAUUUCAUACCGAACAUGGCAUUCAUCGUUAUCACCAGGAACACGUUGUUUAACGUCGAUAACUACUCUUACAGAAAGGUACAAGUUUUGAGUUGUGAAUUAAUGCCGCCUGGCUGUAGAUUAGAGACACAGAGGAAGACCGUCUCCUACCUAUAAAAGGCAGGGCGAUCUUCAGCUGGGUCGAAAUCCUCUUAUCUUGAGGCCAUCUCUCGAUUCUCUAUGUUUAACUUGCGACUAUACACUGCGCGUCAUAGCUAUAGACGCACCCCAUUUUUGCAGUUUUCAAAAGAUGUUUUGAACUUCCUGCUGUGAACCUAUUUUAUAAUAAACCUUGGCUGGAAUGAUUAACAUCAAAAAGAGAACACCAGAAGACUCGGUACAAAACAUUUUCGAAAUUCGUCAAAAAUAGUUUUUUGACCGGGUCAUAAUUAUAGACGCAGCCUGAGUCAGGUCUCAUUUUUUUGUCCAAAAGUCAAAUCAGUUUAGUUUUUCAAAAAAAUUUUGGUUUUGAGCUGAGUUAUGAAGCUUUUAGUGAAGCGCGAGAAAACCAAAAAAUCUGACGCUUUCCGAAUUUUCGGCUGCCGCCUCACUGCUUUGUCUCGUUUUCCAUUUAUAUUCAACCGUUUUUUAAUCGGUUUUCUGUUAAAACUAAUGAAACAGCAAUUUCUCGAAAAAAGUAGUGCACAGUCGAAUUCAAUAGCAUCUGAAAGAACAGACUGUCCAAAAGUCAAAUCAGUUUAGUUUUUCAAAAAAUUUUGGUUUUGAGCUGAGUUAUGAAGCUUUUAGUGACGCGCGAGAAAACCAAAAAAUCUGACGCUUUCCGAAUUUUUGGCUGCCGCCUCACUGCUUUGUCUCGUUUUCCAUUUAUAUUCAACCGUUUUUUGAACGGUUCUCUGUUAAAACUAAUGAAAAUGCCUCUAAGAUGGUAAUUACUAAUUCGUUCGAAAAAUAAGAAAAAAAAGGAUCCAUGGCACCAACAGAAAAACGAUUAUAUGAUACUUUCUGUUCAAAUCAUCAAGAAAGUACAGUCUAACAGUCACAUAAACAAAAUGAGAAAUAAUUUCAAUUAUCAUAGAAAAACACAGUUCUAAAUUCGUAGUUCCGGAUUUCCCAUUUUUCGGCCGUAAAACUCUUAUUUUCCAUCAGAACGGCGCAAUGUCACACUCACGACACCUUCGACGCGCAAAAACAAAAUAAAAAGUCGACCGUUUUCGAUCAUCCAAAACGGUCAUUCUUUUUUUCUGAAAAUGUAAAAUUUUGAAGGCAAAAACAUAUCCAAAGAGAAAACGUGAAACGAGUUUUCUCUUAACGAACGCUCCAAAAAACGUAAUUCAGUUUUGCGGGUGUUUUUUGUAAAUGCAAUUUUAAAGCUAUUUUGCUCGGAUUUUUGAUUUUGUUUUGUUUUUCGCGUUAUUUAGAUCUUUUUCAGAGAAGGUCUAGAGAAAAAGUGCCUUCAAGACUUUUUAGAAACCUUUUUUUUUCCAAAAUUUCUUGUUGAGACCUUUUGCACUUUUCCCGUGAAUGUAUAACUAUCCUUGAUUUGAAAUAAUGAAAUCAAAAAUUAGUAAACUAUUGAAAACUAUUAACACCAUGGUGAUAUUCACUGGUUUUUUAGAAUUUGUGUUCGUUGUUUUCGUACAACGCAAUACUGAACCAAAAACAGAGAGAAUAGGGGGAAACAUGGAGAAAACCUUUUUCUUUAACCUCCUACACUUUUACCCGAUUUUCGAAACGUUUCGACAGAGUGUCGUAAAAAACUGAUUCGACUUUUUUGAUUCGAACUUUUAACCUAGUUUCAAGUCGAAUGCGCUAUUUUUUAUUUUUAAAAGAGGUUUCUAUGUGGAAAAUAAGUUUUUUUAAUAUAGAAAAAAAUUAAAAAUUCCUGCGUAGCCAAUUCUUUGUGCGGCUGCGCAAACUUGAAAAAAACCUACAAGGCGUAUUAAUAAAUUUUUUUAACUUUCACUUAUAGAGAAAAAUUCUAACUAAAAACUUUAUUAACAGAAAUAUUAUUUUAUUUUCACUUGUUCAAAGCGAAAAAAAUAGACAUCGAAAUUUUUGGAAAAAUUCGUUUUAACAUGCUCACCGGUUGAAUGCGCUUUUUUUAAUUUUCAAAUUAUGAUCUUUAUUUGAUUCUUGAUCAAUUAAAAAUGAAUAAAUAAAAACUUCUGGGUAGGCUGAAAGUUCAAUGAUCGAAAGUGUGAAGCCAAAGUUAAAAAAAGAAUGAAAAAAACGCCAAAAAGACGGUUUUUAAAGCUUAAUCUUCAUGAAUAAUUUUUUUUAUGAUUCUCUUAAAGUGGCAUGAAAGAAAUGCGGUUUUUUGCAUUGAGUGAUUUCACUUCAAAAUUCUUUUGCGAGGAAAUUUGAAUUUUCUUCUUGUAUUCUCUUCAAAUCAAUUCGGAUUUCUUUGCGAUAUCAGAUAAACAGUUAAGCACACAAAGUAAAAUUCCAAAAAGGGUUUUUUGAUUUUGAAAACCUCAUGUUUAACUGGCCACGUGCCUUAAAAUUUGUCUUCAAACAUUCCAUCUCACCAAUUCAUUGAAAUUUGCAGGGAUAUGAGACUUUAAUAACUGUAAUCCGCCACGAGAUCGGUCACGCGCUUGGCAUCGGAUCAUUGACUGCAAAAUACCCGAAUUAUGCGUGAGGAAUUUUGUAAUUUACUGUAAUUGGAUAACGCAGUUCAAAAGAAGAUGAUUUGAAGUUUACUAUGACUUCAAGCGUUUCUAAUAGUUUACACACUCAAAAGAAAGUUUUGUGAAACGUUGCUACUUUACAAAACUGAAUAAUUUUUUGAAAAACACUAUGAAAGCAUAGGGGCAGUAAAAAACGGGGUUUUUAGGUGAAAGCAGUAUCUUAUAUAAUUUUUCAUUACGAAUUGAUUUGUGCUAUCAAGAAAAUUACAGAUGUGACUAGUUUUUAAGAAAAAAGCGAUUUUAAUUUUCCGCCUUUAAUUUUGAAAAAUACUUUGGAUCGGCGCUCGGACAACUGUUUACAGUGGCUGUGCACGCGAUGUUGCGGAUGCCUCAUUAGACUUGCAUUUUGUGGCAAAAAAAAUUCAUGUUGCUUUUUACGAACUCAUAUUUAUAUCACAACAACUACAGAUGUAUACAAAACUUUUGAACAAAGUUUUGUAAGGCUCCGCCUUUUUUGAGGAUAAAUUCUUCAUUUAUUCAGAUAGAGUUAUUUAUUCUGUUUCUCGUCUCGAUUUUCAGUCUCAAAAAAUCCCUUCUCGUGCAGCCUAGCUGUACCCUCAAAAAAAAAAAAAAAUAAAGCUCAAUCAGAGUCAUUCAUUUCAUUUCAAGUGUUUAUUCGCCAUUCCGCAAUCAGCACAAAUACAAAAAAAAAAAUAAAACAUCAUUUCAUUUCAAGUGUUUAUUCGCCAUUCCGCAAUCAGCACGACAAAUACAAAAAAAUAAAACAUCAAGACAAUCAAAUAAAUCUAACAGCUGAUCUGUGGAAACGGCUGGAGGAAAAAGAUUGUCUGAGUAGACGGUGCUAACCCCCAUUUGGUAUUUAAGUUUUUUUCUUUGUAUUUUUUUAAUAAGUUAGAAUUUUUUUCUAGAUUUUUAGUAGGAUCUAAUGAUUUUUAAAAAAACGAUGUGUUUGAUUCGAACCAUGAGGUGAGCAUAAUCUGAAACUUGCCGAUUUCGUAUUCAAUGAUAAUUUCUCUCUCCAGUUGGUUCCAAAUGGGUAUGACUCUAUGAUUUAGGAAGCGUUGUUUGAUCAAUUCAUCCAUUGGUUGAACAAGUCUCAUUCCAUUUCCUCUGAGUUGAUUAUUUCUACUGAAUUCAUCAUUAAUUUAACAGGCGACUCACUCCAAAAAAAUAUCCAUGAAUGUAUUUAUGAACGCAACAAACGUCUUUAAAAAAAGUCUUCUAGUCCAUAACGUCGAUAGUUUCAGUUUGGCUAAUCUACUGCGAUAAUCCAAUUUCGGAUAUAAUCUUUUGGUAAAUUUUUCUCUGGACUGAUUCUAGUUUAUUUAUAUCAUUCAAAUUUAGCGGGCACAUUAGUUCGGAUCCGUACUCAAUAAUAGGCAAGAUUUUUGGCUUUAUAGCAUUUUAGAAAGUUAUUUUGAGAGAAAUGAAAAACAGCGAAAUAAAUUAUUUAUUAUUUUCAUACAUUUUUUUGUACUACUAUACUCACAUAAUGCCCCAUUUUCAGAUUACUCGUGAAGAAGAAUCCCAGGUCUCUGACAUUUUGUUUAGUGCUAAGAGUUUGAUCGUUAAUUUUGUAUGUACUGGGUUCUGUCUUUUUUCCAAACUGAACUAACAUGCACUUCUCAGGAGAUAUUGAUAGUUGACGGCCCUCUAACCAUUGUUAUACAUUUUUUAAGUCUUCUUGAAGUUUGGCUUUAUGGUUUUGUUACAUUACUAGAUAAAUACAGUUUACAAUCAUCUGCGAACAUGCUCAAGUUACAGUAUUUAAUAACUUCUGACAAGUCAUUGAUAUAUACUAAAAAAACAUAAGAGGUCCCAAUGAGCUACCUUGCGGUACACCUGACGAUAUUUUUAUCUCAUUCGAAAUACUGUUAUUGACUUUAACUUUUUGUGAUCUAUCUUUCAAAAACUCUUCGAACCAGUUGAGUAUUACUCCCUUACAUCCGUAGGAUUUCAAGACUUCAAUCAAUCUUCUAUGACAAACCGUGUCAAAAGCUUUUUUAAUAUCUAAAUAUAUGACUUCAACGUAAUGAUUUCGAGUUUCCUCAAACAGAUAUUUUUGAAGUGGCAACAAUUGGGAGAUAGUACUGCGAUGAUUUAAAAAUCCAUGCUGGCUAUCAGAGAUGAGCGAAGAUUGCCACAUGUGGUUUCUCAAAGCUCUCACCAUUAAAGAUCAAGACAAUCAAAUAAAUCUAACAGCUGAUCUGUGGAAACGGCUGGAGGAAAAGAUUGUCAAUGAAAUUUUCGACUUUUUAGGGUUCAUAACUUUUUUCACAGACCUCCUCGGCAAUUUUCGAGAGAAGAUUUGGGAAAAGUAGAAAACUACAUCUAGUGAUGCAGAGCUUCUGAACACCUUUCUCUCAGGCGUUUUCAAUUUUUUUUUUCUAAAGACCUUCCAACUUCUAUUUUUUUUCCCAAGGUUUGCCUGACUAGUGAGUGCGUACCCGGCGUAAUAAGAAAGUAAGAAACUCCCAGAUAUUCUGUUUUUUUUUUUCGUUAUCCUCGAUAUCGCAUUACGCUCAAUCUUUUUUUUCCUUUUUUGCAGAGAGCACUUCGUCAACAGCACUCGGGAAAAAGUUUAUCCCGAAACAGAAGACGCUGAUAACGCGAAAGAAGUUUUUUUGGGAAUAUCUUUUUCGACAGCCCUUGCCGAGGCUCAAAAAUACUUUGAUUGUCCCGACCUAGAGUAUCUUGAGUAUGAAAACGGCGGCGGCUCUGGCUCUUUGGGAGCUCAUUUUGAGUUCGAUUUCCUUCCAGUACGUUUAACUAUCUUUCUGCUUUCCUCAUCCAAGGAGAAAAAAAAUUGAACGUUCAGUUUGAUACAAUGCGCAGCUCUGUACCACAGUUUCCAUCAUCUUUUUCUUCAAUCACCCUGGCUUUGCUGGAAGAUUCUGGAUGGUACAAAGUUAAUCUAUCGUGAGCGCAAUUUAAAGUUUUGAUAAUUUCCUUUUUUUUUUAAAGAAAAGCUGAUCCUCUGCCGCCACAUUUCGACAAAGAUCCCUGUCUUCGUGCCAAAUCUUGCAAGAUGUCUGAUUACACAGGCCAAUUGCACGUGAUCAUCAACUUUUUGCGCUCAUAAAAAUGUUUUUCAGAAAUUAUUUCAAGAAAUGCCAACCAGAUCGAAAAUCUCACUGGAAUCCAAUUCCUGAAUAUGAACCUACUUUUACCAAAUGUUAUCAUCCUAUGGUAACUAUUCUCUCAUAAAUUUUGCGUAACUUCUCUCAUAACGUGGACUUCGAGAGCUCUUCUGAAAACCUUAAAAGAUGAACGACUCCCUAUUAGGUUUUUUUUUUUGAAAAAUGCAAGAAGAAUUAUAAGCCCUUUUACAUUUCCUUGAGUAGAUUAAAAGUUACGUUUUUACCUUCCUAGAGGCUUUUGAUUGCGGAGGCCUUUUGCAAGAAGAACAUAAAAAUAGUGGCUGAUAUAGUCUGUUCAGAUUCCCAAUGUCAACCGGCUAACUCCGCCCCUGCUGGCACAAUAUAUUUUUGAGUCGAUUUUUAUUCGAUUUUUGAUCUCUUUUGUUUUCAAAGAUAAAAAUAUAAAACAAAAAAUGGAGCCAUAUUAAAGUUUCAUCGUCAUCUGCGAUGAAAAAUUAACACGAGAGAUAUUGUAGCCUCAGGAGCGUAGUUAGCUGCUUGAAAUUCGAAAUCUGAACAGACUGUACAAGUUCCACGAUGGAAGAACGAGAAUUCGGAUAAAAGUUCUUUCUCCUAAAAAAAAUAGUAAAGUAAAAAAAGGAGCUUUGUGAAACCAUCCAUAUAAGCUCAAAAAUGUGUUCAAAUAAAGUUCCAGAAAUAUUUUGACUGCUCUGCUUUUGGUAUUUUAGAAAAAUUAUCAGCAAUUUCUUCAACUUUCCCUUUUUUUCAGAUGACCCGUUGCAGUGAUGUCUUUGAUGAGGUUGGUGUUUAGAAAAAUUGAUUAAAUAAAAAAUCAACUAAUCAACAGACGUUUGUGCAGUAGUUCCAAAACCUAGCGCGGAUACAUUCUUUUCGAAUAACGUCACGUGUUUAGAAUCAGAACGGAAAGUUUGCGGGUGGUAUGAAAAAAAAGCCAGCGAAUUUUCGAACUCUUUCCGACUUCGGAGAGAGGGAUCGAUUCCCAGUCCAUCAAAGAUUGUUUGAGCAACUUUAUAGAAAAUUUCGAACCCUACGCAAAAAUGAACUUCCAUGUAUAGUCUGUGUACCACGACUUGGAGUUUCACCUAACGACAUUCCGCUGUUCCGCUGCGUGCUCGGCCACGCCUUUAAUUUUUUAUCUUAUUUGAGAACUCGACCAACACAUGUUUCUAGUGGAACGCUCCAUUUAUCAAAAAUGAAAACCAAUUCAAAGCGAGGCCGAGGCUCGCAAAGACUUCGCGACGCAGCAGAACAGCGGAAUGUUUUUCGGUGAAAUUCCAAGUCUUGGCACACAGACUAUAAAUUUUACAAAAGUGUGUAUUUUUGAAUAGUUUCGUACUAUGAUAUAUUUUUUUCAAUAAGUAGGGGGCGCAAAGCCCCGCCCCUUCACGCCACCAAAAUGACGAUUUUUUUGUUGCAAAAACGGUUUUGAGGCGUUUUUACUAGCUAAAGUCCCAUUUUAUAAAUGAACUGUUUCUGUUAAUCUAAGUAAUCGACAACGCUCUACAAGACGGAAUAUUUUAAAAACUAUGUAUUUUUCAAAAAUAAGCGAAAAAGUAAGAUUUAACACGAAAAAAACUGACAAGUUUCACAAAAUCGUCGCGUUUCAGAAAACCAAGUGAGGAACGCUUCCGAACUUUGAGUAUGUUAUACAUUAACACUUUCUUUAUUUUUUGAGUGAAAAUGAAAAAAAUCUACCGACGCGAAAAAAAUAUUAAAGCUUGUAAAGUGACACCAAACUUUGAAGCUGAAAUGCGAAAAAAAUUUUUCAGCGACAUGGUAUACUUUUUAUUUGAUUGAAUAACUAACAGUGUGUCCAAAAAAAUAACAAUUCAAAAAUGAAAAUAAUUAUUGGGACAGCGAAUCAAAUUAUAUUUGAGUUUUACCAAAAACCUCCUUUUUUUCGCCUGCCUCGUUGACGCAUGAGAGAAUAGGAUCGCGUCUAUAUUUUUUUCUUAUGUUAUUAAGCGUUCAAAAACUCUACCAAUGAAAAAAAUUAUGAAAAAAAUCGAUCGACGCGAAAAAUAACGGCUUUGAAAAACCCCGAAAAAAAUAGCAAUUUUUUUGAAAUUUCGGAAGAUUUCGUGCAAGUGUCCGUAGCCGUGUUUGCGUCAAACACACCGAUGCGCCCUUUUAAAUGUCGCAGGAGCCGUUUUUCGGAGUCAAAUUGCACACUUUCCUGUUUUAUUUCGAAAUAACAUUAUUUUUUCUCAUUUUUUCUUUUUUCCAAACCAAAUGAUAAUAAUUUUUCUGAUUAGAAAAAAGAAAAAUAAGCUGAAACUUCCUUGUGACCUUUUUUCUAAGUAGUUUUUUGAUAUUUUAUCAAAAAUUCUGAUGAUAGUUAUGCGAAUGAUUCAUGCCAAAACAUAAAGAUCAGUUCUGACAACCUCUCAGAACAGAAAACCGAUUUAAAAACGGUUCAGAAAUGCGCAAAAACAUUUAAAAAGAAAGCGUGCGGCAGCGGGUAAACCGUGAGAUUUCGCCUCCAGUUGUACGCCGCGCGCGCUCGUUUUUUGGCCAUAACUUUUUUCUUAGUGGAGCUUUUUUCUAAAACUAAACGGAUUAUGAAAAUGGACAGUCUCCUCUAUUGAACAGUGUAAAAAACAUAUUUUUUGGAUCGUUUUAAAGAAAUGGCUUGCGGACCCUAUCAAUAAGCGUUAAAAACGUAUCGCUACCACUUGAUGUCGCAGUUUCAAACGGAAACGAAUGAAUUGAAUUAUAGUGCCCUCAUACUUCUUUUUUCAAUGUCGACUGUUUUUGUGUGCAUUUUUUUUUCUUCAUAAAGACUUCGAGGUGCUUGGAGCAUGAUGGAGACAUUGAAUUUGAAAGCAUUCCACUACAAGCAAACGAUCCGCUUCUCCAAGUGCCCGUCAAUCCGGACAACCAAAAUUUUCCGCUCAAAAAAAAGGAUGUCAUGACUGGAGGAGAAUGUUAUGAGGUCUUCAUUUUUUCAUCGAAUGCUCAUAUUGAUACCAUUUACAGAUUAAAUGCCAAGGAAAGAAAGUAUUUUUCGUCUCGAAAGGAGUCACCUACGAGUGCAAAAAAGCUGGUGAAAAAAUUCAACUCGAUGAGGUUUUCGGAGCAAAAAAACUUUGAAUAUAUCAAUUACAGGAGUACAAACAUCCGAAUCACUAUACAAACUUUUUUGCCACUUCGUCGAUAAACGAUUUUCAGCCAUAUGAAGUUAUUUUUCUCCUAUUUUUUUUUGGUCAGGAGCGGGUAUCAGCUCGCAAAAGAUUUGAAUGAGGCCAAGUUCGCUGGAGCUUUUUUGCAAUCUUAUUCGAAACUGUUUCUCCCCCACGACCGAUUAGAUUGAAAAAAAAUUAGUUUGGAACUCUUAAAUUUGCAAAAAUAUGAGCCGCCAAGGAAUAUUCAAGCUAGUUUUCAAAAAGCUCCAGCUAAGUGAAGUUAGCAUCAAAAAAUUCCCUAAGUGGGAAAGUGUGUAAGGUGAACAUUGCAGAUCUCACUAAGAAUAACUGCCGAGAUAAACGCGAGACGCUGGCGGUACAUUGACGAGCUCGCAAACAUCUCGCAUUUUUUCUCGCGCCGGUCUCGCAUUUUUCUGGGCGCGAGCUCGCACUUUUCUAGGCGCGAGCUCGCAUUUCUCUUGCAUUUUGAAAAUUUCCGAAAUGCAAGAUAAAUGCGAGGUGGCGCCAAGAAGAAUGCAAGCUCGCGCCCAGAAAAAUGCGAGAUCGCGCCUAGAAAAAAGCGACAUGUUUGCGAGUUCGUCAAUGUACCGCCACCGACCUCGCGUUUAUCUCGUCAGUUAUUCUUAGUGCUGGUCCAAGCUUAUGUGGUAGGUGGUCCCAGGUUUGAGUAUUCGAAAACAAAAAUUCUAAUUUGAGACUACCUUCAACAGAAGUUUGGAUCAUAUCUGCAAUGUUCACCACGCAUACUCCCCUCGUAAGGAACGAGUCUAUCUUGAAUUUCGUGUUAACGCAUGAUUAUUAACGCAUGUUUAAUGUUAACGCGUGAUUCAGGUUCUGCGGAAGUACAAAAUCUCACGUACGGUGAUCUGCCCGGCGUACUGCGAAGUGUGCGACGAACAGGAUUCGGACGAAUGCUGUGGAAGCUCCACGUUGUCUCUAAUCCUCGCAUUCGUUUUGAUUUUCGCGUUCAAUGUCAUUUUCUGA